CAUGUCCUGUAUGUUAGGGAAACAGCAAGUGCUAUCACUUUCUGUGGCAGAGAAAUUUUGAAGUUUAUCGUAGACUUAUAUGAAGCUUUGUCCAUGAAGUGGGAUUUGUUAGACUUGACGUAUUUACCAUUCAGACUCCAGAGUCAAAGCAUCCUACAGUUUUGGGAGAAUUGUUUUCCUUUUGAUUUUUCCAAGGAAAUAUCCAGUGAAACUGUUUUUGGUCGUUGGGUAUUAUGAAACGGAUGAAGAAAUUUGUGCCACACAUUUUCCAACCCAAGACCCCACACGCCUAAAACUAGAGCUGUAUAUACGAAAGUUUUUCAGAAUAUUCAAUUACCGCAAUUUAGUAUACAUCUGGAUCUCUCUGUCUUGAUUCAUAUAUAUAGAUAUCCCACCGGCUUUUCUGCGACUGCAAGACUCUUCAUGAGCCAUGAAGCAGCUUUAUAUGUACCUUGGCGUGAUCAUUUUUCUCUGUUCUUUGCAUGCUAUAACUGUUAAUGCUCUAGGAAACGUUACUGAUCGAUUGGCUUUGCUCAAAUUGAAAGAAUGUAUAGCGGACGACCCACAUGGAAUCUUGAUGAGCACCUGGAACGACUCCAUUCACUUCUGCGACUGGCCUGGAAUUACAUGCAGCCGCCGACAUGGGAGAGUGACAGCCUUAAAUCUACGAGCCUAUGAUCUGAGGGGAUCUAUAUCACCUUUCAUUUCCAAUCUCACCUUUCUUAGGUUCAUUCACCUCGGAAACAACGGCUACUUUGGAGAAAUCCCACUGGAAGUUGGAAAUUUGAAACGACUACAACAUCUCAAUCUCACCAACAACAUGUCGAGUGGCAAAAUUCCAGUUAGCUUGGUUAAUUGCUCUGAACUCAGAAGCGUUGACCUCGCAAAGAACAGACUCAUAGGCAUUAUUCCAUUGGAGUUUGGCUCUUUGACCAAGCUUGAAACUCUUAGGAUUAGUGUAAACAAUUUGACAGGAGACAUCCCAGCUUCUCUGGGAAAUCUUUCGUCCACAUCCUUCAAAACUUUUUCAGCUGCGUAUAAUAAUCUGAUGGGAAAUAUCCCAGAUGAGAUAGGCCGUUUGAAAAUUUGUUCUUUUUUGCAGCACCGAGCAAUAAACUUUCCGGUAUGA